UUAUUUUUCAGCAAAGAACAAAAUCCUAGUUACGUGCUGAUGAUACCACUGAAUAUAAUCCUCCUCCUUAAAAAACGACAACUCCCAAGUCCCACUCAUCACGAAACUCAUGCACUCACCUUCUAGCAAAUAUCAUGAACCAUCCAAAAACCAUUAUCUCAGCAAAAAUGUCACUGGGAGAAGACGACCAAACCAUAACCGAUAAGGCUAACCAACCACAUGCACUGUCACAUCCCUCCUCACCACCUCCACAACAACCUCUUGUCAAGAUGGUGCUCGCCGAGCUUCGAGCUCAGCGUGGAAUAGCCCUCCCUCUAGUGGCCAUGAACUUGGCUUGGUUUGCCAAGACAGCCAUCACUACAGCCUUUUUAAGCCGCCUUGGCGAGCUUAACCUGGCAGCCGGAUCCCUCGGCUUGUCUUUCACUAAUGUCACCGGAUUGUCCGUGUUGAAUGGUCUAUGUGGCGCCAUGGAACCUCUUUGCGGACAAGCUCAUGGAGCUAAGAACAUUAAGCUCCUUCACAAGACCCUUCCCAUGACAACUCUUUUGUUGCUAAUGGUAACAAUUCCUAUAUCUUUCUUGUGGCUUAACAUUGAUAAGAUCUUGAUUCUCCUUGGCCAGCAACAAGAAAUAGCAAUUGUGGCCAAAUCUUAUGUUAGGUAUCUCUUACCUAACUUGGUUGUCACCUCAUUACUCUGUCCCUUGAGAGCAUACUUGAGCUCUCAGUGCAUUACCCUGCCUACCUUGUUCUCCUCGGCUAUAUCGCUCGCUUUUCAUGUACCGGUUAACAUACUACUCUCCAAGGCCAUGGGGCUCCGAGGAGUUGCGAUGGCAGUUUGGAUAACUGAUUUGGUGGUUGUUAUUCUGCUGGCUACUUAUGUUUGGAUUCUUGAAUGUAGUAAAAGAAAUGGAAGCAGGUGGAAGGAAGGAGGGUGGUGGGAUCAGCAUAUCAUCGACUGGAUUGUGCUUCUCAAGCUUUGUGGGUCAUGCUGCCUCAACACAUGCCUUGAGUGGUGGUGCUAUGAGAUUCUUGUCUUGCUUGCCGGGCACUUGUCGAGUGCGAAGCAAUCGCUUGGAGUUCUAGCCAUAGUGCUCAACUUUGAUUACUUGCUUUACUCAGUGAUGUUGUCUCUAGGCACCUCUGUAUCCACCCGUGUCUCAAACGAGCUUGGUGCAAACCAACCCGGCCAAGCUUACCGAUCAGCAUGCGUGUCCAUGGCAAUUGCCAUCAUCACAGGAAGCAUCGGCAGCUCGGUAAUGGUUGCUGCAAGGGGAACUUGGGGUGCAGUGUUCAGCCACGACGCCAGCAUUAUAAAGGGAGUGAAGAAGAUGAUGUUGCUGAUGGCUUUCGUGGAAGUGUUCAAUUUUCCAUUGAAUAUUUGUGGUGGCAUAGUCCGAGGAACAGCGAGACCUUGGCUUGGCAUGUAUGCAAAUCUUUGUGGAUUCUAUUUCAUAGCACUUCCUUUGGAUUUGGUUUUUGCGUUUAAGCUUCACCUAGGUCUUGCUGGAUUGUUGGUAGGGCUCUUGAUUGGUGUUGUUAGCUGCUUUAUUUUUUUAUUAACAUUCAUUGCAAGAAUAAAUUGGAUGGAUGAAGCUGCCAAAGCUCAAACAUUGGUUUGUGCACAGGUGCAGGAAGUUCCAAGACAUGACGUAAAUCAUGUCCAUGAAGAAGUUUAGAAGUAUGUUCUAACAUCCUUAUCACCCCUUUAAUGCAUGUAUAUCUCCAAAUAUUUGGUGUGGAGCUGAGAACAAAUUUGAAACGUCUCAAA